UCAAUGUCACAAUGACAGUUAUAGGGUCUACAUAUCACUCAAAAAUUCAGCUGAAAUGUUUCAGAUAACAUUAUUUCGGAUAAUGCCCCAUAUUUACCCAAAACACAGAAAUGGAUACGUUCUCUACGUAAAUAUAUUAUGCUCAAUGAAAAUAACAGAAGAACCAAAGAUUUUUUCCGAAGCUAUACAGCUGUGAGGGCAGAGAAGAGAAGGCAUGCCUUAAAGUACCCUAUGACCAUUCAUCCAUUUAGCACUAUUGCAAUAUAUAGAGAAAGAAUUUUAUGUUUUAUGUGGUUAAUUUGCUAUGUGACAGAUCCAAUAAUCUGGUCAUUUCAAGCAGUGAGAACAAUUUAUCACCCUCUUUUCAUUUUUCAGUUGCAUUUGGAUAUUUUAUUUUUCAUCAAUGCCUUAAUGACCUGCUUUAUCGGAUACGUUGUUCCCUUAACAAAAGAAAUUAUACUGUCUCCAAGAGAAACAUUCAAAUAUAAGGUAUGGACUUAUUUAAUUCCAGAAUGUAUAGCUUGUAUACCUUUUUCGCUCAUAUUGAAAAAAAGGUUCCACAUAAAUCCAAAAAAAUCUCGAUGGAUAGCGUUGAGUUCCGUCAAAAUCCUCAGAUGUUUGAGGGUUUGUGAUUUCCUGAGUUAUUUAUAUAACUUUUUCAAUGAAAUGAAUAUGCGUGAAUGGGUCUACACUUGGUUCGUCAUCUUCAUCAUCAAUUUAUACCUAAUUUUCUGGUCCACGUGCGCUCUAUUCUUUCUAAACGUAUUACAUUACACAUACGAUGGUUUGCCCAAAAAUUCGUUUUUAAGAAAUAGAGCAGUAAAGCACCCUGUUGGUACAACUAUCGUAGAACCAGAGAAUUCUUUCCAUAAUUCAUUCAUUACUGUACUCACAACUGCAACUUGUCACUUUUUUGGAGCCAGUGAAGGUUAUGUACCUAUUGAGUUAGAAAUAGAAAAACUUCUUUGUUCUGGCAUAAUGAUAUUUGGUUACCUAGUUUGUAAUUUUGGUGUAGCUAAACUAUUAGAGAUAUUCGGCGCUUCUAGUAUUUCAGAAACAAAAUAUGAGGAAUGGAUUUAUCAAGUAGCAGAAUAUGCUGAGUCGAAAAAUUUGCCAGACAAUUUGAAAAAACGAUUAAAAAUAUAUCAUGAUUAUAAGUUUCAUAGAAGAUUUUUCAAUGAAGAUGUAAUACUGGCUACCCUAUCAGAACAUCUAAGGAAUGAGGUUAUUUUGUUAUGGUGUCGAAAUGUAAUGGAGAAAGUUCCUCUUUUUCAAGGAAUGCCCAAAGGGGUUGUUGGAAGUAUAAUAGGAUAUAUGAAGAGAGAGAUAUAUCUCCCGAAUGAUGUUGUCUUGAAGUACGGGGACCCUCUUACAAAAAUGUUUUGGGUUUCUUUUGGAACACUGUCUGUUCAUUAUGGACCAAAUGCAAUCGAAAUUUUGCAUUUCGAAGAUGGAGACCAUUUUGGUGAUUUAUCGAUAACUAAAGCUGGAGGAAUAGCUAAAUUAACUGUUAUAUGUCUAGAAAUAACAGAAAUUUUUACACUUUCCAGAAGAGAUGUGAAACAUUGUACCGCUUUCCUCAAGGAAAUGGGUGAUAGAAUUCGAAAAAUUCAUAAAGAAAAGAGAGAACUAUAUCCUACUUUGGCAAAAAUGAUGAGUAACGAAGAUACCCAUAAUGUCAUUGCUGCUGAUUUAAGAAGAGGAAGAAUUUUAGAAAGUGACAAUUGGAGAGAAAAUCCAUGAAUUUUGCUUAAAUUUUUGAGUUUGUCUCCAAAUGAAUUUUCAAUAAAACAUUUAUUAAAUUGUAA